AUGCUCCAAAGCCUGAUCAAGAAUGUGUGGACCCCCAUGAAGCCCUACUACACACAAGUUUACCAGGCGAUCUGGGUGGGGAUGGGCCUGAUGGGCUUCAUCAUAUACAAGAUCAGGAGCGCCGAUAAAAGAAGUAAAGCUCUGAAAGCUUCUGGUGGGGCACCUGCCCAUGGCCACCACUGAGCAGCUGCCUGAGAUCCUGUCGGAUGAAG